AUGGAGCGGCACGCAGGUCGCGUCGCCCUGGUGACGGGCGCCAACUCCGGCAUCGGCGCCGCCACCGCACGGGCGCUGCUCAGGAGGGGGCUCGAGGUCGUCGGCCUCGACAAGAGGAUCGACAGGGUCCAGGUAGCUCCAGAACUGAAGGACGCUCCGGGUACGUUCUAUCCAUUGCAAUGUGACGUCAGCUGCGAGGAGAAUGUUCUACGCGCCUUCAAAUGGAUCAAAGAGAAUUUAGGAGGGGUCGAUGUUCUUAUCAAUAGCGCCGGCAUUUGCAGAGAAAACCUUCCAACAAGUAAUCCAUGGACCGAGUGGCAGCACACACUGGACGUCAACGUCCUGGGGCUGUCCGUCUGCACGAGGGAGGCCGUCCAGAGCAUGCUGGACAGGGGAGUCGACGACGGCUUCGUCAUCCACAUAUGCAGGUAG